CCUCCUGGGGGCGGCACGAAUCUGCCUUGGGCCUUCUCCCAGGAAAACGUGGUCUUAGCCGUGGGGGGCCUCGAGCAGGCCUCGACCCCUCUCCCUGACCCGAGGAGAGGCCCGGCGCCUCGCCCUCAGCCGGUCUUUGUGCAGGGUGCCGGCGGCCAUUGUGUCCGUGCCGGGAAUGGAGGACCCGGCAAUCCUCCAUUGCCACCGCCACGUCCAGGGCCUUUGGGGAAUUCAAAGAAAACCGGCGGCGUUUCUGGGAGGUCCCCGGCCUUCAGCCUCCCAGAAAGGCCUGGGGAUGGCCUUUCCGAAGUCACACCGCAGAUCCGAGGCAGUUUCCCCCUCCCUCCGUCCCUCAUCGAAACCUUGAGCCCCAUUGAGAAGUCCCUUCAGGGUUUCGGAAGCCUCACCCUGGGCUGGUACUUAAAUAGGAAAGAAAAAAAAAAAAACAAAAACAAACCCUAAACCCCACACCAGCCACCUCCGGGAGAGUUCUCCUGGCUCCCAGUAGGAGGCGGAGAGCCAAGGGGCGUGCAAGAGCGAGGGGGCUGGGCUCCCGGGUGGCAGGAGGCCGCGGCUGCGAGCGGCCGCCCUCGAUCUGGGCGAUGGAGGAGGAAGCAGGCGAGGGGGCCGGUUCCUGAGCUUCGUAAUUCCUGUGUCGCCUUCUGGGCUCCCAGCCUGCCGGGUCGCAUGAUCCUUUCAGCCCGAGCUGGUUUUUUUGCCAGCCGCCGCGAGGCCGGCUGAGUUACCGGCAUCCCGGCUGCCACCUCCUCUCCCGACCUGUGAUACAAAAGAUCUUCCGGGGGCUGCACCUGCCUGCCGUCGCUUGAGAGGGAUUUGAAUCUCUUUCUCUCCCUUCAGAACCUUAUCUUGGCUUUGGAUCUCAGAAGAGAAGCACCAAGCAGAGACCAGACUCUGUGAGUGAGCAGGUGUUUUGGACAAUGGACUGGUCGAGCCCAUCCCUAUUAUAAAAAUGUCUCAGAGCAACCGGGAGCUGGUGGUUGACUUUCUCUCCUACAAGCUUUCCCAGAAAGGAUACAGCUGGAGUCAGUUCAGUGAUGUGGAAGAGAACAGAACUGAGGCCCCAGAAGGGACUGAAUCAGAGAUGGAGACCCCCAGUGCCAUCAAUGGCAACCCAUCCUGGCACCUGGCGGACAGCUCCGCGGGGAAUGGAGCCACUGGCCACAGCAGCAGUUUGGAUGCCCGGGAGGUGAUCCCCAUGGCAGCGGUGAAGCAAGCGCUGAGGGAGGCGGGCGAUGAGUUUGAACUGAGGUACCGGCGGGCAUUCAGCGACCUGACAUCCCAGCUCCACAUCACCCCAGGGACAGCGUAUCAGAGCUUUGAGCAGGUGGUGAAUGAACUCUUCCGGGAUGGGGUGAACUGGGGUCGCAUUGUGGCCUUUUUCUCCUUCGGUGGGGCACUGUGCGUGGAAAGCGUAGACAAGGAGAUGCAGGUAUUGGUGAGUCGGAUCGCAACUUGGAUGGCCACUUACCUGAAUGACCACCUAGAGCCUUGGAUCCAGGAAAACGGCGGCUGGGUCUUCGGAAGGCCCAGCCUUCCCUUGGCAGCUGCAUCUGGUGAACACCAACGGAAAUCCCUGGACACCUUUGUGGAACUCUACGGGAACAAUGCGGCAGCCGAGAGCCGGAAGGGCCAAGAGCGCUUCAACCGCUGGUUCCUGACGGGCAUGACUGUGGCUGGCGUGGUUCUGCUGGGCUCGCUCUUCAGUCGGAAAUGACCAGACACUGACCACUCACUCACCCUCCCACCCCCGUCCUGUCGCCAGCACGUCCCUCCGUCUAGCCACCGUUGCCACCAGGAGAACCACUACAUGGCAGCCCACAGCCACCCACUCAUCACAGGCUUGGGCCUAGACCUGGUCCCCCGCAAUUAGUUUUCUAGAAUCUACCAUGCUUCUGUGAGAGCCACCUUCCCCCACACCUCAGUUCUCCUGGCCUCGAAACCCACCAAGUUUCCCCCAAAAUCUGCCCCAUGGAAGCUGACAGGUGAUGAGGGGUGUGGUUUGUGGCUGGGGGCUGGAGGGCCCUGCCUGAUUGAUGGAACCCCCUUACCCCUUAUCCUCCUGAAAAUGCUUUCCUGCCAGGGAGCUGGAAAGUUUUCUAACACUUUUCCCCAAAAAGAGAGACUAGAUUGCCUUCGUUUUGAUGUUUGUGGCCUCAGAAUUGAUCAUUUCCUGUCCACUCCCCAGGACCUGGGCUCCCCUUCCUUUCAUCCCCACCCUCCAAGAGCCACUUAGGGGCCACUUCUGCCUAAUUAGGGAUUCAGGCUGCUUGGGAUAAAGAAACAAGGACCAGGACCCCCUCCCCACCUCUGGCCUGGCCAAAAGUCCCUGCCCCCAAUCCCAAUGUCCUCCAGAGGCCUCUGGCUAGAGGUCAGCCCUUCCUGGCAGGGAGGAGGCUGUCUCUGCAGGAAGCACCCCAUGCCAAAGCUAGGGUGGCCCUUGCAGUUUAGCUCCACCCCAGUUCCCUUCCCCUUCCUCUCCCCUGGCUCCUAUGACCAUGACUGAGGGACCAACUGGGCCCAAGACAGGCGCCCCAGAGCUGUGAGGGCCUCAGCUGCCUCACUUCCUGCAAGGAGAUCAGCCUGUGGCAUCUUUGCCUUUGGCUGCUGCCCAUGGAGUCCGGGGAUUCAGGGGCCUUAGCCCAGAGGUGAAGGGGAGCUACAGGGAGCAGCUGUGGGAGCCCUAGGGUCUUCCCUACCUCAGGCAGGAAGGGCAGGAAGGAGAGCCUGGUGCAUGGGGUGGAGGUGGGGCUGGCUGGAAGGGCCGGUCCUGCCUGGCCAAACAGAUUCGUGCCCUAACCCCGUUCAGCCUGGGCAGUCAGUAGCCUGGCCAGGAGCCCUUCAGGCCUCCAUCUCUCCUCUGCUCCACCCAUGGCCUGUCUCAUCCCUGGGGGUCCCGGCCUAGCCCUGGCCACCCAGGGCUCUCUGCUGUACAUAUUCAAGACUAGUUUUUAUUCCUUGUGAAGAUGAUAUACUAUUUUUGUUAAGCGUGUCUGUAUUUAUGUGUGAGGAGCUGCUGGCUUGCUGUGCGUGUGCACGUGGAGAGCUGGUGCCCGGAGAUUGAACAGCCUGAUGCUCCCUCCCCUGCCCUGGUCCAGGGAAGCCAGCCGGGGGUCCUGGCUCCUGCGAGGCACCUGUCCCUCCCCCAACCCCCCACCCCACACUUGUUCCAGCUCUUUGAAAUAGUCUGUGUGAAGGUGAAAGUGCAGUUCAGUAAUAAACUGUGUUGAUUCAGUGAA